ACGAAGCCUGAAUUAACAAUAAUCUUCCGUUCUAAGGGCGAUUUCUCAUUCAAAAAAGCACUCUUGCCUUUUUUUAACUCGUCUUUCAUUCAGCUGUGGAACAAAUGAGUUGAUAUGAGAAAAGCAAGACACUUUGUAUGGGUUGUGGCCCUUAUAAUCGUUCUGGUCGUACGUGGAACUUGGACAGUAAGACACGACACUUUCUGGGGAGAAAAAGCGCCUCCUGGUUGUCAGCCGUGUCCUAAAAGUGAUGAAGGACUGUUUGACACCCCAAUUUGUGGCAAGAAUGGAAUCGCUUACAAAAACUUUUGCUAUCUCACUUUAAGGAAUUGUAUCGCUAAGAUAUUGAAGAAGGAACCAGUUUUCCCCUCUAGUGAUCCGAAAACUUGUGGGUUGCAAAUGAAGAUGUAUAACAGCUUCUCUGGGUCGCCAUUUAAAAGAAGAAAGCGAGCGUUGAAAUCUGGUCCGAGUAUGACGGUCAAACACUACUAAAUUGGAAGACUGCAUGACAAGUCUAGCCAAAGAGAAAAAAAAAUGUAUUCUUCAACCAUCAGCUAGAAGCUGUCUUUCAACGAAGUUCGAAAUUUAUCUUUAACAGAAGACGUCAAAAACAACUGUUGUUAACUGUGUAGUUACGUUAGAAAUUAACUCAUCUCCCGCUGCUAACACCACGUACUUGUUGGUCUUUUGACUGGCGUUACCAUGCUGUGUGGGCAAAUUGUCGGCGUUAAUCCUUUACACCCUAACAUCAGUGUCUAUAUUCUCCAUACUAUUCCUAUAUAUUUCCUUUGGGGCUUGUAAGGAGAAUUUUGUGAAUAAUCAAAGCUUCUUAAGUUGGCUAUUAUUUCCU